GCUGUGUCAUAAUAUAAUAAUAAUAAUAAUAAUAAUAAUAAUAAUACAUCACACAGUCCUAGACACUUGGGAAGUGUCCGACUUGUGAUUUUGUGAUAUGAAAUCCAGCAUGUCUAUCUUGUUUGCUGUGUCAUACAAUAAAAUAAUAAUGGAUGUAAUGUGUUGUUGACGUGGAAGAGUUAACUGGGCUGUGUCUCCGGCUGGAAGUGAAUGAUGACACCAGUUGCUGCGGGGCAAGGGGAGGGGAGGGGAGGGAGGGAGGGAGGGAGGGAGCUGGGGAAGGGAGGAAGGAGAGAAAGAACGGAAGGAGAAGGAGGGAAGGAGGGAAGGCCUGUCCCGGGACGCCUUCCCAGGGGAUGGGGCGCAGGAGCAUGGAGCAAAAGCAGGAGCAGCAGCAACAACAACACCGGAGCAGCUGAGUCCCGGGAGCAGCGGGGCAGCCCUUGACCGCUUGACCGCUUGACCGCCCCCUUGACCCCAUGGCCUCCCACAACCAGCCCCACACGCAGGGGCCUCCCACGUGAGUAGCGUUAUUAUACUACUUCUAUUAUUAUUAUUAUUGUAUUAUUAUUAUUAAUAUCUUUGUAUAUUAAAAAAGUGAGUGUUUGUAUGUAUGUUUGGAUGUAUGUAUGUGGCAGCCGCCACUUCCACAGUCCACUGCAACCGCCACGAGUGACAGACCUGGCCCAAACUCGACACACUUCACCCCCAUGACGCACUUUACACCCUGGUGAUGUUUGAGGGAGGAUGGGCCACGGAUGAUGGGAUUUGCAGUACCUUCACUCAUUUCCUGAGACCGCUACGACUGCCGCCAAUGACAGAACUGAACCAAACUUAGCACACAUAUCCCAAAUGACACACUUUACACACUGUAGCCGUUUGGGGGAGGAUGGGCCACGGAUGAUGGGAUUUGCAGUCCUUUCCAUCGCCUCGCCUUCCACAGGCCACUGCGACACCCACCAGUGACGGAACUGGACCAAACUUGACAGACAGAACCCCUAUGACCCACAUUACACCCUGGUGAUGUUUGAGGGAGGAUGGGCCACGGAUGAUGGGAUUUGCAGUACCUUCACUCAUUUCCCGAGACCGCUACGACUGCCGCCAAUGACAGAACUGAACCAAACUUAGCACACACAUCCCAAAUGACACCCUUUACACACUGUAGCCGUUUGAGGGAGGAGGGACCAAGGAUUAUGGGAUUUGCAGUCCUUUCAAACACAGACCACGGUUACUCUAAUUAAUGACAGAUCAUGACCAAACUCGGUCUUUCUCAAAUGACCCAGAUGAGGGUAUUAAUAUAGUCAAAUAUAAUCAUAUAUUAUUUGACCCCAGGUGCCCCUUGACCGGCUGGCGGCUCCUGACCUGCCUGGCUCUCCCAUUGGCUGCUGCGGCUGCUCAGGGUCCGGACCCCAGGCGGACGGGGGGCGGCGGAGGCGGAGGGGGUUCGUGGGGUCCGUGGGGGCCCUGGAGCCCCUGUUCCGGCACCUGCGGAGGGGGGGCCUCCUUCCGCACCCGGCCCUGCCUACGGUUCCCGGAGGAGCAGCCCUGCCCGGGGCCCCCCCGCCAGUACCGCGCCUGCAGCCUGGAGGACUGCCCGCCGGGCUCGGUGCCCUUCCGCGACCUCCAGUGCAGCCUCUACGACGGGAAGCCCCUCCCGGGGGGCCGGGACCCCUACCAGUGGGUCCCCUUCCACGGAGCGCCCGACCCGUGCGACCUGGCCUGCCUGGCCCGCGGACACCACUUCUACUACAACUUCGGACGCGUCCUGGACGGAACGCGCUGCGGCGGAACCACGUCCCGGGACCUCUGCAUCAGCGGGCGCUGCUGGCGAGCGGGCUGUGACGGGACGCUGGGCCCGGAGGCGGGGCGAGAGGACGCCUGCGGCGAGUGCAACGGCCGGAACGCCAGCUGCGAGCGGGUGGAGGGGGUCUUCCGGGAGGCCGUCCCGCCCGCCGGCUUCUUUGGCUACAAGAACAUGACCCGGAUCCCGCCCGGCGCGAGGCACAUCAAGGUCACCGACCGAAGCCGCAACUACCUGGCCCUGAUGGACGCCCAGCAGCGCUUCCUGCUCAACGGGGACUGGACGGUUGACCGGCCGGGCCUUUACCCCGCAGUCGGGACCGAGGUGCGCUAUUCCCGCACGGCCGACGUCCUGGAGACCCUGGAGGCCCCCGGCCCCACCCGGGAGGAGCUGACCGUCAUGGUCCUCUUCCAGGCGCCCAACCCGGGCGUCGAGUUCGAGUUCUGGGUCCCGAAGGAGGGCGGCCGCGGCCCUAGUCCGUUGCGGCGGCAGCAGCAGACCCGGGAGGCCCAGGCAGAGCGGCCCCCGGAGGCCCCCGCGGCCACAGCGCCCCCCCAGCGAGAACGUUGUGGCGAGUGCCCGGCGGCGAAAGGGAAGUCCCGGCGCCUGCACCACUACUGCAGCAGCGACUUCGUCUUCCGUGCGCAGAUCCUGUCCCGGCGGUCGGUGGGGCGGGAGACACGCUACGACCUGCGUGUGGUGGAGACGUACCGCAACCGCUUCCCGCUCGAGCGCCGGGAGUUCGCCUGGGCGGCCGGGCCCUGCGCCUGCCCCCUGCUGGAGGAGGGGCGCCACUACCUGCUCAUGGCCCGGCGCCACGUCAACUUCGAGGGGACGCUCAACCGCCUCCUGCUGCCCCGGGGGGGCUACGCCCGGCCGUGGACCCCCCGCGAGGACCGCCAGGCCCGGCAGCUGGCCGGGAGGUGCCCCUGAGGAGGCCCGGGAGGUGGACACUUGACCACUGGGCGCGUUGGCCGAACCAGGAGGAGACCCCAGUCCUGCAGGAGACCUGCUUAUUGUCUAUCUUGAGUGGUAAUAAAUGUAUUAUAUUAUUAUUAUUA